UAAGCAUCAUGAUGGGAUCUCCACUUCUCAUCUCUCUCUUAGUUUUUCUUCAGCUUCUUGCUAUUAUUGCUCAUGCAAGGACUUUAUCAGAGAAUUCACUGAAUGCCUUCAGACAGACUGAUAAUUUGGAGAUGCCCACGAGUCUCUCUCCUCCAUUUCCAGCAGCUCGGGAGACAAGUACUCCAGACAGUUCUUCAUGCAACAGACUGAUCAUGAGAAUUACCCAAAUCAAGAGGCCCCCAAUGCCAUCACCUUCACCCCCACAUACACCACCUGGGCCACAUCAAAAACCAAGACCUUAUUCUCCUGCAGAGUGCUUGUACUGUAGUUGGUUCAAUUCCAUAACAACAAGGACUUCUCCUUGUUGUGGAAAGAGUUCAUCAUCUCUGGCAUCAUCAUCACCAGCACAUGAAAAGAGUUCUGAUUUUAAUUAUCAUUGUACUGCACAGGGUCUGCGUAACAACUUCAGAAACAGAAUGGAUUCCAAGAGGCCGUCAGUUCCACCAUCACCAACACCACCAAUACCAAAUAUACCUAUAGCAUCAUCGUCAAAAUCCCCACCCAGGCCAGUACGAGCUUACCUUCAUGAGACAAUCGUAUGAUGAGCAGAAUCCAUUGCCUUUGAGGAAGACCAGCUACAAAAGGACCCAAUUUUAUCAAGAGAGUAGUAGGACAUUCUUGUACUUUAGUUCAGAACAGCUUUCUACUUUUAGAAUCUUAGAGUAGGGGUAUCUUUCUAUUACAUGACUAGCACCUCCAUAAUCCUGGUUGAUCCUAUCUAAAAUUUUCUAAGGGUGCCAAAGCUAUAUGCACUUCUAGGCUUUUAAUAAAUGGCAAUCUUAAUAAUAUUGAACAUUUAUUCAAGCUAUUGACGUGUAAACAAAUGGACUAUUGCUUAAUAUU